AUUCUCCUUGUCAUCCACCGCACCACAAUUCAACUGCCAAAUGCCUCAUAUAUGAGGCACCCUGUUUCAUCUCAAGACACACCACUUAUCUCCCAUUCCCAGCUCGAUCCAACGUCAUGAGCUUCGAAGCCUGAGGCAAGUUCGUGCUUGGAAGUGAUUGAAUAGUGCGAUCAAUCAGGACAGAGGCAGUGUAGGGGAGAGUGGUGCAGAUGGGUAGAGGAGACAGAUUGCUGGUAUGGGGGCUCCUCAUGUUGGGAGCUUGGUCAUGGGAAAUCUCGGUGGUGGAAGCGCAAGGCUACUGGGAGACGGUGGUCGACAACGCCGGGAUUGCCACCAUGCACUCAGCUGUGUCACAUGACGGCAACGUGGUAUUACUGGAUAGAACCAACGUUGGGCCCUCCCAGCUGAACUUGGCCCCUGGUGUGUGUCGUGACAACCCCCAGGAUCGAGCGACGAAACAUGAUUGUACCGCUCACUCAGCUCUCUUCUCCCCAGGCUCCAACAAAAUCAGGCCACUCUUCGUGUACACUGAUACGUGGUGCUCGUCAGGGCAAUUUGAUGGCAGUGGAAAGCUUGUGCAAACUGGAGGGGAUGCCGACGGAUUGAUGAAGAUUCGGCACUUCUCGCCAUGCGGAGGAGGCGACUGCGACUGGGUGGAGCUGGACGGAGGAUUGCAGGAAGGGCGCUGGUAUGCGUCCAACCAGAUUCUCCCCGACGGAACACAGAUCGUCGUUGGUGGUCGCGGCGUUGGGACUGUGGAGUACGUCCCUGCCAAUGGCCGUGGCACCUACGAUCUUCCCCUCCUCUACAAGAGUAACGAUGCUCAGAUGGACAACCUGUACCCAUUCGUGCACUUGUUGCCCAACAACCAGCUGUUCAUCUUCGCGAACCGCGACUCCUGCCUUUACGACUGGGAAACCAACAAGGUGGUGCGCGACUACCCCACCAUACCUGGAGAGCCCCGUAACUAUCCGUCGGCUGGAAGCUCCGUGCUGCUCCCCCUGUCCGCUAACGCCAACUUUGGCAACGCCGAAGUCCUCAUCUGUGGAGGAGCCGCAUAUGGCGCCUACAUGAACCCCGCAGGACAGCCCGCAUCUCAAACUUGCGGCCGCAUCGCACCACUCGGAGCCGGCGCCGGAUGGGCCAUGGAGAACAUGCCCCAGCGGCGACUCAUGGGUGACAUGAUCCUGCUUCCCACUCGAGAGGUUCUCAUCAUCAACGGUGCGGGCGGUGGCGCACAAGGAUGGGGCAAUGCCGUAAACCCAGUCAAGAUGCCCGUCUUGUACAAGCCUUACAACGCCGCGGGAGCUCGGAUGCAAACAUUGACAGCCUCCCCGAUUCCGCGAGUUUACCACUCCACCGCCAAUCUGCUUCCCGACGGCCGCGUCAUGGUGGCAGGCAGUAACACACAUCAGUUCUACACUUUGGCGGGAUAUCUUCCAACUGAGCUCAGAAUUGAAACAUUCUCCCCGCCAUAUAUGGGCGCCAAUCGCCCAACCUUCGCUGAGGUUCCCGGAGGUUUGAAAUAUGGGGGUGGAUUCACCGCCACCGUGAAAGCGGCGAACCCCAAGAACAUCGAACUGAACUUGUUGAGUGCGCCGUUCGUGACACAUUCCUACGCUCAAGGACAACGGUUGUUGCAAUUGGAAGCCAGCGCACCUGCUGCAGCUGGAGGAGGCGCUUACACGGUGGACUCGAAAGCUCCUCCCAGCGCGGCAGUCGCACCAGGCGGGUACUACAUGCUGUUUCCUGUGGCUGAUGGCAACGUUGGUUACGCAUCGUGGGUGAAAAUUGGCUAAGCGAAUCCACAGAGAACAGCCUUUGUUCCAGAAGCCAACGACCUUGUUAAUAGUUAGACAACCGCAAUAAGAAUUGCUUGUAAACAGAGGUACUUAAUCCGUUUGUUCAGAUGUUUGGGUACACGAAUGACAUGAUCUUAGCUAACAGAGUUGAAUGAUUUUGUAGACGAGUGGAAAUGAAUGUUCCUGCUUCAAUGCAUUUGGUGUGAACUUGGUUUUGAAGCAAUAAAAAUGUCUACAUAAGACAUCUUUCGUGAUUACAACUCA